AGCUUUUAGGGGGGGGAGAGUCAGGCCAAGAAGAAUUUGGUAUAAUCACACAGGAUAUUUUACUGCUUUGCAGAUCAUGGCUGACUUUGACAUGGUUUUGAAGCACUGGGGUCCAGUGGAGGCAGACUACUCCGCCCAUGGGAACCUGGUUCUGACCCGUUUAUUCACAGAGCACCCAGACACCCAGAAGCUGUUCCCCAAGUUUGCUGGCAUUGCCAAGGGUGAAAUGGCUGGCAACAAAGAUAUUGCUGCCCAUGGUGCCACUGUGCUAAAGAAACUUGGUGAGCUGCUGAAGGCCAAAGGCAACCAUGCUACCAUCCUCAAACCUCUGGCCAACAGCCACGCCAACAAGCACAAGAUCGGCAUUAAUAACUUCAAGCUGAUUACCGAGGUCAUUAUUAAAGUCAUGGAGGAGAAGGCAGGACUGGAUCCAGCCGGGCAGCAGGCCAUGAGGAACGUAAUGGCCGUUGUCAUUGCUGACAUUGAGGCCAACUACAAAGAGCUGGGCUUCAGUGGCUGAAGCUUAAUGUCACACAAGUCAUGCUGGGCUCAGAUGACAGACAAGAAGUUCCACACAAGUGUAAUCCUCUAUUUGAAUCAUCAUUUAAGAAAUCUAACAAAGCAUCAGCAUAACUUACAGCCCCAUAUGUUAUCAUAGAGAUGAAGAUCUUAAAGAACAUAGGAAGCUUCAUAAAUGUAUCUUUUAUUACAGGGUUAAUGUACUAGUUUGUCUUAGAUUAUAUAGGUUUCCUGCUGUGUAACAUGGUGUGGAAGUAAAUGUCAACAUACUGUAAACCCUUAUCAUAUAUUACCAAUAAAACUCUCUGUUGCUUGACUCUA